GCCCUCUCGCCGCUGGCCGGGGCGGGAAGCGGUGAGGCGCUGGGUAGUUGCGGGUGUUUUGGGCUGUUGCUCGUUCUGGUGCGCGGGGAACGCGGUGUGGAGCUGUUCUCAGCUAAGAAAGCAGGCGAGAAACCCUUUUCCCCCGCCCUCACAUCGUCCCCCCGGUGGGGAGGGGAGCGCCCUCCCUCAGUGCCAGCGCGCCGCGGGGUGCCCUGGCGCUGUGAGGGGAGCGGGGCCUCCGCGGCGCCCGGCGGGCUGGAGCUCUGGCCUCGGAGACCUUAGCGAGCUCCUCCGCCGCUCUCUUUUUCUCCUUCAGGCUCCGUGGGAGCCUCGCACCCAGAGGUGGGGAGCUCCUCUCCGAAGGUCAGCGUAGACGGAGCUGCUUGAGGUGGCCUCUCGUUGCUAAAACCGUGUGAGAAACAACUUGUCGCAUUAAAAAAAAGCUUUGGAAACGCGGCCGUGGUAAAAUCGGGUCAUCCUAAACCCGGUUGUGCGAACGGCCCUGGAAUCAGCUUCGCUUAAGGAGCCGGAAAAGGGGACCCCCUCUUGCAGACUGCGUUUCUAGGUGGGGGAAAAAAGUUUAUCAAUGGCAAUGAUAGAUCCUUUGGAGAACAACUUGUUUGAUCUUCCUGAUUAUGAGAACACAGAAGAUGAAACGUUCCCACCUCUUCCACCUCCUGCCUCUCCAGGAAGAGAUGAUGUUGAAUGGGCUGAAACUGAUGGAGAUGGAAACCAGCAGUCACAAACAAAGGAUUCUGCUGUUGCUACACGGAAAGUAGUUAAAAGACCAAUGCCUAAACUAGAUGCUCAGAGGCUAAUUUCAGAAAGAGGACUUCCAGCCCUAAGACACAUGUUUGACAACGUAAAGUUCAAGGGUAAAGGGCAUGAGGCAGAGGACUUGAAGACACUCAUACAACAUAUGGAGCACUGGGCUCAUAGACUAUAUCCCAAAUUGCAGUUUGAGGAUUUUAUUGACAGAGUAGAGACUUUGGGAAACAAAAAGGAAGUUCAGACCUGCCUAAAGCGAAUUAGACUUGAUCUUCCUAUUUUACAUGAGGACUUCACAAGUAAUGACGGUGGCGGAGGGGAAAGCAACGGACUGGAUACAGCCGCUGAAGAUGCACCUUCCUCCUCUGGAAAUGCAGAACUCGGUUCUCUCUCUGGUACAGCUCUCACAGAAGAGCAACAACAGCGCAUGGAGAAGAACAGGCAGCUGGCUUUGGAACGCAGGCAAGCCAGGAUGCAGUGGAACAGCCAGUCGCACCACACCGAGCUCUCCACUACUUACUCAGAAGAGGAGUUUAAUACUGCAGUUACUCAGGAUCCCGCUGACCUUAUCGAAGAUGCUGAAGUUACCCCAACCAAGGCUGCUGUUACACAAGCUGGAGAUACACAAUUGGAAUGUGCCAGCGAAAACCAGUAACUGUGCCCCACACUUUGACUUUCUUGACAGAAAGACCCCAGUUUCCAGUACUAUCACUGUUUUGCGGUGUUGCUGCCCCUGUGUACUCUGACUCCAGAAGCUUCCUGGAAGUCUUCACUGUGACAUCUGUUUAGUUGGACAGAACUCUUCUCUUGGAACUGUAGGUGAGCAACUCUGUACACUGGAAAACACAAGUUCUCCAUCAGCAUUUGCGACACCUUUUCCACCUCCCCCAACAUUCUCUGAAUUUUGUUUACAAUUGAUGUCAAACUCCAGUUAACUGGGAUACCGACAGGUGAAGUUUUGAUUAAAGUUGUUUGGGUUUUUUUAGUAGCUAGUGUAUGUGAUAGGGGGUAGUGCUGUGUCUUAACAGGUGGCCUGGGUUUUUUUUUAACUUGAUAAGCAAGUACUUGUGUAUUUUUCUUAUAAAAUGGAAACUAUUAAAUUUCUGAAGUCAAA